ACGAUGCAGAAAGCAAUUAGUCGCAUUCUGAUGGUAACAUUUCAUUUAUACUAAUUAAAAUCAUCAUGUUUCCCUUAAUGGUCUUUAAAUUUGUUUUCCUUUUUUUCCUCUCAGGUCAAACACUUGACAAUGAAGUACAUACUCACGCUUUUUCAAAUAAAAUUUAAAAAUUUAAGUAUAAAAAGUGGAAUCAUCAUUCGAAAAACUAUCAGUUAACAUUGAAAUCUCCAGUUAUCAACAUGUUUUUAAAGAUUUCAACUAUUGUCCUAAUUUUGGGACUAGGACAAAUAACAAAUGCUUCAUUCUUCGGGUUAUUCCGUUCAGCAGAACCAACACGAAAACCAGACGUUGUUGUGAGUGAAUCUCCAAAAGCAAAGACAGAUAAAAUUGCUUAUCAAAAUUAUCUUCGCUCAUUAGCAAGUACAUAUAACACUACUCCUCAUCCUGCAGUACGUUAUAUGCCAGUUUAUGCAUAUCAACCUCAGCCUCAUUUGUAUGCAAAUUAUAUCCAGCCUCAGCAAAACUUAAUAUAUCACACUGUAAAUGCACCAAGGAUACUCAAAACUGCCACAAUUCCACUUCAGUACAACUAUCAGCCAAUUAAGACAAAUGUUGAUUUGCCAAGAAGUGUCAAACUAGAAAGACCAAUUACAGUGCUUCCAUUGUCAUCUUACGAUGACACAUCUGUUAGUUCUCCAAGAGGAAAUCAAGAUUAUAAUAAAUUAAUUGAAGAAUCUUCACCGACUCCUUCUUCUCCCCAAAUAAAUAAUGAUGUCUCGUCGAGAGUAAAAACACAUGUCUUUGAAAUUCCAGAACCUCAAAUAUCUGCAACUCUAUAUGAUCUACCGGUUUCUGGAAUUUCUCCUGACUUCCUUACCGGUGGUUAUGUGACAAAAAUGAUGACUGUUAGUCCGACAGACAGCGGCAGCACAUGGUCAGGACAAAAAUUCGGUCAUGCGUAUGACAAUACAGAUGGAACAAAAGUUUCUGAAGAAGGGCAAUUGGUUCAAUAUGGAGAUGGUAAAGAGAAUGUUUUAAAACGAGGACAAUAUCAGUAUAUUGAUGCAAAUGGGAAAGCAGUUUUAGUCAAAUGGGUUGCAGAUGACAAUGGUUUUAGAUUGGUAAACUAAAACUACCUUUAAGCAUGAUUUUGAAUUUGAAUAAGUUUUAUUAUUUUGAACUUGAUCUACUUGGAUGGAGUAUUUGAUUUCAUUUAAACUGAAAAAGUGAAUUGAGA